UGGGUCCAUCGAAGUGUCUCCAGGUAACCCACUUGGAUAUGACUUUGAGGACAGCCAGACUCGAGCACAAAUGGAGCUCAUCGAUGAUCUCCAGAAACUUGGGGUGUCGAAUCACAUUGGCCUCCCACAACUAGUAGUUGUCGGUGACCAGAGCACCGGGAAAAGCUCCGUUCUCCAGGCUGUGACUGAAAUACCAUUUACUAUUGACGAUAAAAUGUGCACCAAAUUUGCAACAGAAAUAGUUCUUCAGAGAACUUCACCAAACAAAGGCACCACUGUGAAAUUCGAAAUUAUUCCCGCCGAUAAUGAAUCUCCUGAUCGACAGCGAGCUCUGUCCGCCUGGAGCCCAGCAGGAUUCGAUGGCAAUGCUGAACUUAACAAGUCAACUAUGGAGUCCGUCUUUAUGCAGGCAGAAACCAUGAUAUUUAGCGAUACGUUCAGAAAGAGCCCACGCAAACAAAGCACGAGCCGUCUGAGUAGUUCUACAUUGCGCAUUACAAGGACUGGGCCAAAUGAAACCAAUUUUGCCAUUGUUGAUAUUCCUGGUCUCAUCCGUGGGGAUGACUCUCACGUGGAAUACCGAACCGCAAAACAACUUGUUCAGAAAUAUCUAGACAACCCACGGAGUAUCAUUGUGCUUGUGAUUGACGUCAUAGACACCGAGAGGCAGGAGAUCUUCCAAUUGCUGAAGACCUUACCGGAUCAAGAGACUCGGGUCAUCGGAGUCAUCAACAAAUGCGACACAAAACAGAAAAAGUCUCACGACUGGGUCUUUGAUCUUAUCCGCAAUGACCCCCUGCAAUCCAAGCAUUACCUCAAGGAGGGCUGGUUCGGUCUACGAAAUCGUCGAGCCUCUGAGUUGGAUGUCAGCAAUGACGAGCGGGACAAGCUUGAGAAGAGCUUCUUUUCCGGACACGACUGGAAGUCUCUUGACGCAAACAAACUCGGAAGACAUCACCUGAAGCAGGCUCUCCUUCAAAUGCGUAAUCGGCAUUUGAAACAGAGCAUCCCAGCAAUGCUAUGUGAUAUUCAAGACAAAUUGGACGAAUGUAUUCAGGAGAUCGACAGGCUUGGGGAGCCACGCACUGACAAUCAAGCUCAAUUUACGCUUGUAAACAAGAUUGCAGCGCGAUACUCUGCUAUGGCCGAAGGGGCGUUGAAUGGACACUACGAAGUCCUUUCGGAUGAGAAAUUGUUUGCGAGAAAGCUCAUCCGAGACGAUCUUGAAUCAUUCCAAGAGUCGAUGGCGGUUGGGGGCCUCAAUGUGCCAUUCGGCACUGGCAAUUUGGAUGCAGAAAUUUUCGUACGCCAUCAACCGUCUGAAUGGACCCAAGCGAUCAGGGCAUCGCCUACUUACGCAUGGAUAAGUUCGGCAAUUAAGAAUUACCGUGCUAAAGAGGAUAUUGGCGAAGUCAACCCCGAAGUCAAAGAUCAACUGUGGAGGCAGCAAACCAGCAACUGGGAACAAAUCGCCUCUCAAGCAUUUAACAAGGUGGAAGCAACAAUAGAGGAGAUAAACAUGGCAUUUUUCCAAGAAGCUUGCCCAGAUGAGCUCCUCCGCUCCAGGUUGUUGAUCUGGCUGCAAGACGAGUUCAGAAGAGCUUCAGCCGAUGCGAGGAGUGAAAUGGAUCGCCUCCUUGAAAAUGAACAUCAGGGUCACCUCUUUACCCUUCAACCCGCCAAGAGGCAAAAGCAACAACUCCUCCAUGACCAACGAAUUCAGGCUUGCGCCAAAGCAUUCAUUGCGAACAAUCAGAAAAAUGCUGGACCACUUGGUGCGAAGGAAUUGACAAAUGUCAACCCUCUUAACACGGACGAAGUUAUCAAUUCCUACAUCUACAAGCACGCCGAACUCGUUGGUAUUCUCAAUACUCACGACAGCUUGGCGGCUUACUACGAUGUUGCUUUGUACCGUUUCAUCGACAACUUUGCCCUCCAAGUCGUUGAGCGACAUCUGUUGGGCCCACGUGGACCUCUGAGGCUCUUCAACCCCCAAUAUGUCACUGAGAAGCUGUAUGGAGACAAGAACGCAGAAAAACUCAGCAAGUUGGCUAAUGAAGAUCCGGCGACGGCUCAAGCACGAGCGAAGUUUGAAGCGCAGAGAACGAGUCUGGAAGAGGGCAAAAUAAGAGUUCAGAACUUCAAGGUUCUUUGAGCUAAAGCGAGAUGCAGGUCUCCGUCACAGCGUACAGUAUUUGUCGUUCAACGAGUUUUCAAUUUGUUCUGAUCAUCUAUGGUUGCUGCACGUUUUCUUACCUGUAGCUCUAAGUCUACACGUUCCAGUUGAAAUGCUCUAUAGUGAGGAGUCACAGCCCCUUUCCAACAGGUCACGUACCAGCUCCUAGCGACAGAUAAUUUACUCGAAGUAUUUAAGCGGUCUCAUUUAUACCAACAACUUAU